AUGGCAGCUGUUUAUCGUAAAUCAUUGGUUUUAAGCAACAGUGCUAAACGUGUUAAACCAAUCGGUGAAAUCAAUAAUAUAAUUACAGUUGAUUGUCAUCGUGUUGUUGACAGAGAUCACAGAAUUAACAUAAUUAGCCAAAUAUUGAACGGAAUUAAAGUUUUAAAAUUUUACGCGUGGGAAAAGCCAUUUAUUCAAUUGGUAGAUAAGAUACGCAAAAGCGAAUUGAAACAYAUGAUUGGSGCCAACCUAUGGUUUGCCAUCAAUGUCUGUAUAUCAAGAUUGGUACCGUUGUUGGCACAGUUGGCCACGUUUGGCAUAUUUGCGGCCAUUUACGGUGGCAAUCAUAUUACCGCCCAAUCUAUAUUUGUAUCGUUACCGUUGUUUACAUUUAUUAAUGAAUGUCUCUACAAAAUGACACAAAUCUAUUAUUCAACUAUUUUGAAAAAAUAUACACUUAAUAAUAUCAAUUUAAAUAUAACUGACGGCAUGUUUGUGGUAAUUGUCGGUUCGGUCGGUUCGGGCAAAAGUUCUCUAUUGUCGGCAAUAAUCGGCGAAAUGGAUCGCAUCGACGGCACCGUCAAUGUUAGACAUGGCCUACAAACGGCUUACGUAACACAGGAAGCGUGGAUUCAAAAUACUUCACUGAAAAAUAAUAUCUUAUUUGGAAAAACAUUUGAUAGAGAACUGUAUGAUAGAGUGAUAGAUAACUGUGCGCUCAGACAGGACUUAAGUCAACUGUCCGGAGGAGAUGAGACAGAGAUCGGCGAAAAGGGUGUAAAUCUGAGCGGCGGUCAAAAACAGAGACUCAGUUUAGCCCGAGCUGUCUAUUCUGGUGCCGAUCUAUACAUACUCGACGAUCCAUUAUCUGCCGUGGACAGUCAUGUUAGUCAACAUAUUGUAACCAAUAUAUUGGACUCCAAUACCGGUAUUUUAAAAAAUAAAACCCGUAUUUUGGCUACAAAUCAACUGUUUGUGUUACCAAAUGCCGAUCUUAUUGUUGUUGUCAAAGAUGCGAAGAGACUUUGCGGUCUAAAUAUUUAUAUAAAUAAUUGGUUAACUGUUUGGACAUCAAACGCCACGUCCGACAAUAGUUCAUAUUAUUUACUAAUAUUUGGUUUGAUUAUUGUGGCCGAAAUUGUAUGUUUUAUUGUAUGUGUUUUCAUAUUAUCAUUGAUAACAAAACGCGGUUCCUAUCAAUUGCACGAUCAAAUGCUGGCACGUAUUAUGCACGUGUCGAUCAACUUUUUCGAUACAACACCAAUGGGACGUAUAAUCAAUCGAUUUGCUAAAGAUAUGGAUAUAUUGGACACACAAUUAUACCAAAACAUUUUAUUAGAGUCGAUUACCCGAUCAAAUAUAAAUGCAUUUGUUUUUGAAACUCUAACCGGUUUGUCAUGUAUUAGAGCUUACGAUUGUGACAAACGUUUUAUCAGUGAUUUUGAAACUAAAACCGAUACCAAUCAGCGGUGUCUCUAUCCUAACGCAGUGGCCAACAGUUGGCUACAGAUGCGUCUAUCCGUUUUGAGUACUGGUUUUGUAUUUUUUACGGCACUGUUUGCCAUAAUCAACAAAACACGGCUAACUGGCGGCGAUAUUGGUCUAACACUUAGUAUUGCUGUACUAAUUAUGCCAAUUAUUGAAGAUUUUAUCAAAACAGUUAUCUUAUUUGAAUAUAAUAUGGUAUCAAUUGAAAGGGUUGAUGAAUAUACUAAUCUGGAAUUAGAAAGCGAUUGUCAAUCAAUUGCCGAUUUGCCGGACAACUGGCCAGACAUGGGUUGCAUACGUUUUGAUAGCUAUAGCACCAGAUAUAGACAGGGAUUGGAUUUAGUGCUUAACAAUCUUAAAGUUAAUAUCAAAGCAAAUGAAAAAAUAGGUAUUGUUGGCCGAACCGGUGCCGGAAAAUCAUCCUUAACUUUGGCUCUGUUUCGACUAAUUGAGCCAUCGAUUGGACGAAUUAUCAUCGAUGGCAUAGAUAUAUCACAAUUAAGUCUUCAUGAUUUGAGGUCACGGUUGACAAUCAUACCGCAAGAACCGAUACUUUUUUCGGGAACCAUUCGAUUCAAUUUGGAUCCGUUCGGUAAGUUUUCUGACGACCAUUUGUGGACAGUGUUAGAGCACUCGCAUCUGAAAAACUUUGUAAUGUCGAGCGGAUCCGGACUCGACUAUCCGAUCGCCGAAUCGGGUGAUAAUCUGAGUGUUGGUCAGCGACAACUCAUAUGUUUGUCUCGGGCUCUGCUCCGCAACACUCGUGUCCUUAUCCUCGAUGAGGCCACGGCUGCCGUAGACGUCGAAACCGAUGCACUUAUUCAACAAACCAUUAGACAGGAGUUCAUGUCAUGUACUGUCCUAACAAUUGCCCACCGAAUCAAUACAAUUAUGGACAACAAUCGAGUGUUAGUUCUCAACGGAGGACGGAUAGCCGAGUUUGACUCACCGGAUGUUUUACUUGCAAACAAAUCGUCAAUAUUUUAUACACUGGCCAGAGAUGCCGGCAUUAUUUAG